AUGAAAGCCGCACUUCGCCAGAAGAUCAAAGCGCGACUCGCGCAGGUGGGCCAGCCGGAACUGCUGGCUCAGUCGCAGCGAGUUCUCGCCAAGCUCACGGCGUUGCCCCAGUACCAGAACGCCCAGACAAUCGCGCUCUACAUGUCGAUGGACAACUCCGAGAUAAAGACGGAUCUGCUGGUCAGAGAUGCUCUUGAACGCGGCAAGCGUGUUUACCUGCCCCGUAUCACCCAACUGGCAAAGUUCCAGGACUACCAGCGACACAGAAAACAGAAAACCUGCUUGCAUUUUCUACAAGUAGAACUAAGCGAUCUCGAGAAAAUGAAGCCGCAGGGAAAGUACCAAUUGCGAGAGCCUGAGUUCCACUUUGCGGGCGAAAAAGCAGUGAACGACCUCCUGCUUACUAAUUCCCGGCUGGACCUCAUGGUCAUGCCGGGACUCGCAUUCACGCCAAACUGCGACCGGCUCGGACACGGCGAAUUGGGCUCAGGGAACAGCUAG